GGCAGCCAGAGUGAAUGAUGAAAGGUGCUCGGAACUUAAGGGACUCGUCCCAGAUUCCAGAACCGGUCUUUGUGAACUUGAUACAUGACCCACUGGGAAUGGACUCGUUUCCCCUGGCGUGACAGCUCCUUUUAGCUCUUGUGCGCUCCAGCUUGCACAUGGGAAGCGCGAGCGGUAGCGGCGACAGGUACGAAGACUCGGGGCUAACUGCGCGUCUGUGUCCCCGCAGGGCAUGGAGAGACCGGCGGCCUCCGAGCCGCUGGGCGUCGAGGCGCUGCGGCGCUUCCAGGGGCUGCUGCUGGACCGGCGCGGCCGGCUGCAGGGCCAGGUGCUGCGCCUGCGCGAGGUGGCCCGGCGCCUGGAGCGCCUCCGCCGGCGCUCCCUGGCAGCCAACGUGGCGGGCAGCUCGCUCAGCGCCGCGGGCGCGGUGGCUGCCAUCGUGGGGCUGUCGCUCAGCCCGGUCACCCUGGGGGCCUCGCUGUUGGCGUCAGCCGUGGGGCUGGGGGUGGCCACGGCCGGCGGGGCUGUCACCAUCAUGUCCGACCUCUCCCUGAUCUUUUACAACUCCCGGGAGCUGCGGAGGGUGCAGGAGAUCGCGGCCACCUGCCAGGACCAGAUGCGCGAGAUGCUGCGCUGCCUCGAGUUCUUCUGCCGCGGGCAGGGCUGCGGGGACCGCCGGCUGCUGCAGUGCGGCAGGAACGCCUCCAUCGCCCUGUACAACUCCGUCUACUUCAUCAUCUUCUUCGGCUCACGUGGCUUCCUCAUACCCAGGCGGGCCGAGGGGGCCACCAAGGUUAGCCAGGCAGUGCUGAAGGCCAAGAUUCAGAAACUGGCCGAGAGCCUGGAGUCCUGCACUGGGGCUCUGGACGAACUCAGCGAGCAGCUGGAGUCCCGGGUCCAGCUCUGCACCAAGUCCGGCCGCGGCCACGACCUCAAGAUCUCUGCUGCCCAGCCUGCGGGGCUGUUUUUCUGAGAACAUCCUUUUCCCCCAAGGACCGAGGCUGGAAACCAUCCCCGUGGGAUGCUCCAGAUUUGUAGGGUCCUCAGGAAAACACUAAGUCCAGUUAGGAGCUGAAUGCAAACGAUAAGAAAAACUGUUCUUGAAGAGGGUGGGUUCCCACAGCCCUUCUCCCAUCACUGUGACAUUCUGCCUGGGCUUGAGUGCCCCGGACUUUUCACUUGUGUCAUCUUAGUGGAGUGUGUGACCCGAAAACUUUUUCCUUUAUCAAAACCUUUCUGUUUUCACACAGCUGGGCAGGCACUCCUGUUUUAAAAGUUAUUCCAGUGUCCGGCUGAGGCUGGAGAGGGUGCCACCCGUUGGCUACUCUCCAAGAACCACUAGGCUUUGAAGUCUUCGAAAUGCUGGCGAGAGGAGACAGCUGCUUUAAAAAUCUGUCUUCUUGAGUUUCUGAUUCAAAGAACUCCAGAAUCUGGAGCAAAUCAGAUGUCCUUUGAACUCUGUAGGAGGGUUCAGGACCCAGAGGAGGCCCUGGGGCUGCCAUGCCCUCUUCUUCCCUGUCCUUAUAGCUCACUCAUUCACAGGUCCAGCCUGGGUAUGGAGUGAGCCUCUAGCUGGUGACUUCUUAUCCAGGCCUCAAAGGAGGGGAAGCCAACUGAACAGUCACCCAAGUCCUGCCCUCCCUCCCAUCCCCCCAUGAAGAAGCUGAGGCCAAGAAAUAGGAGGCAACUAACAACUUCCUUUACUGACAUCCUUGUGUAGAGAAGAGAGCAACUGGUUUUGAGUUAGACAGUUCUGGGUUUAUAAUAGACUUUGUCAUUACUGUGUGAGCUAGGCCACCUAAAUCCCUCUGACUUUCUGUAGAACAGAGAUGAUAAAAUACCUCACCCUGCCUUGUGGUAUUAAGUGAGACAAAGCGCCUAGCAGCGUCUGGCUCACAAAAUCUGGUCCCUGGAUGGUCACACUGGCAUCACACAGUAACUUGUUAGAAGGGUAAAUUCUUGGACUCAACCUAGGAUUUAAGGAAGCAGAAACUCUGGAUGUUGGGCCCAGCAAUGUGUGUUUAAACAAGUUCCCUGGGUGAUUGUGAUGAGCAGUAAGGUUUGAAAAUCACUGCAACAAAUGUUAAGUUUUGAUCUCCUCAAUGAGCCUUCAUGAAAUAUCACUCCUCUCUAGGGGAUCCAGAAUCUUCUGAAUCAUUCACAGAAGGUCAAGGACAGGCUGUGUCCCAGAAGCCAAAGAAGGUGUGUGUGUGUGUGUGUGUGUGAGAGAGAGAGAGAGAUUGUGUGUGUGUGAGAGGGAGCAGGAGAGAAUUCACCCUGGGGCUGAUCUCUCUCUAAAUGAACUAAAGGACAUAACAUAAUAAACCCUGUAGAGGGCAAUGUUGCCCACUCAUUGUAGAAACUGGUACAGAAAGGAAUGUGAACUUACUGAAAACUGACCUUUAUCUAUUACCUUCUCUGAAACUGCCAGUCCAUGUAUUUUUUAAUUUAUUUUAAGUUUGUAAUUUAAUUACUAUUUGUUCUUUGCAUUUAGUAUUAUUUAAUUAUCACAUUGAGAAAUAGAAAGAAUAGCAAGUUUCUGAAUGGGAGACUACUGAUGUUCUUUUCAAGAGAAGAGAAUGAGUUUGACUUUCUAAGGCAGGGCAUGAACUGGAAAGAGCAUUGCUUUUCUUGAAUAAGUUUCUCUUCUUUAGGGGAGAUUUAUUUUGUUCUAGAGUUUCAAGGGACCCUUUUAAGUAAGUAUGGAGAGUUCUAAAGAGAGAGACCAGGAGCUGAGUUUAAGCUUGUAAUGGAGACUCAAAAUGUGGGAUAUAUAAAUGAUAAAGCAUAUUUAUCCUGAAGGUACUUUGCCAGAAGAUAACAUUUGACCUGGAAAGAGAACCUAUUUAGUUCAGGAAAAGUAAAAAAAAAAGUUAGAGGCAUAUGAAGGAAGCACUUAGACCUUGGAAGUCUGAUGUCUCAUCAAGUUAGGUCUUACGGAAGAUGAACAAAAUAGCUUGUCUUAUGGUGAUAUUGUAGUAUAUUUUCACUUUGGAGUCUGUAAAAAAAAAUGUCAGCCAUGUCCAAGAAAAUACUUAUGAUUUCUUCAAUUUCUAUUCUUAAUAACUGUAAUGUUGAAAAAUAAGUGGAUUAGUCUUUGGGACCACACAUAAAAAAUUUGGUGUUUUAUUUAGUUAUUUUAAAUGUUAUACCUCCAAUGUAUGGUGCCCCAUGAUCGUAUUAAUGUACACAGCUAUGAUUUAUUAUUAAUAAAAAAGACAACAUUAAAAAUAAAAAAUAAAUGUUAUACCUCUACCCAGUCUGUCUCCAUGUUUCCCAAUGAUGGCAGUGUGUCUGAGGAAUUAUAAUUUUAGCACUGGGGGUGGGGAAGGUAGGAAUUGGUGUUUUUUGUAUUUUGUAUUGUAAAUUGCAAUUACUGUGUAUCUUGGUUUCUUUUGAAAUUGAUAUUGGUAUCUUUUUAAUCUGGUGUCACUUCCUACACUGCCUUGCAUGGACACUAGCAUUUUAGAUCACCAGAAUGUACUUCACAUAGCCAUUGUGUUAUGUCAUAAAGGUACAACUAUUCCCUAAUUCCAUGUUUAUUAAUGCUUAAGUUUAAAUUAUAUUUUUCCAAUGCCUGAGCUAUUCCCUCAAAAUACAAUGGGAACUUUUAGAAGCAGCAACAAACUUUUCCUGUAUCCUGAGUAAAUCAAAGUCCAAACUUCUGAAGUUGUCACUUCAGUGGCCCACUUUACAUCUAAGGAAGAGUAUGUACUUUGGAACAAUACUUUGCAUGUAAUAAAAUCUCGAAAAAUGCAUUUGAGUAAUUUAACUUUUUUAGCAGUGUUAAUAGGGAUUUGUUGAUAAUGAAGGAUUGUCUUAUGUGUCUGUUACAAAGACUGGAGUCUCUAUGAGGAUUUUGUCUAAUCCAGUUGGAUUGAUCCUAGAGACAAAAAUGUAUUUCUUUUAUGGGAAUGUGAAUAAAGCUUUUCCCUAAGGCCUUCAUUCCAUAAACUAACAGGUUGAAAUGGUAUGUUGUAAAGGAAAAAAGUGAGGAGGUAUUUAGAUUAUAAGUGUACUUCACAAAAAUACCAUUGUACAAAAAUAAAUACAUUGUACAAAAUGUUUGAGUGCUUCUCUGUUAUUUCUUGGGUUUACAAUCAUUUGGAUUGUUUUG